UAGUCGAGUUAUGGAGAAACCAACUACAAAAUGAAGAAGUAAAGUCCGAAGCUGAAAAGAAUCAACGAAAAGGGAAGAAUAACGAAAACGAUGAAAACGAAGGGAUGCUCCCGUACCAAGAAAAAGGUGUUAAAAAAAAAGUUCUCUUCAUACCACAGUUGAGGGGCCAAGUCGUAGGUAGCAAUGAGGCGACGAGGAGUGAAUUUGUUUCAGUAAUACUUAAUACAAUAACAAGUCUUGUCGGCGAUGGCCUUGCGAUUUUCCCCCAAGGUGACAUUGAAAAAAACACUAAUGCAGAUGUAGAUAUAGAAAUCUCUGACAAUAUAACAACUCGCAUCUGA